AUGGAAGCAAGCCCACGAUCACCUGCACCAGAACAGGAGGUCCGAAUUUUUAAAGAAAUUCAUGACCACUAUGGUAAACAGGUUCUUCAGAAUGUCAGACGCUGGGAAUGGGCAGUUAUUCACGAAGCAGUAACACGCGAACAACUGUUUUUCCUUCACAGCUGUGUGAGAAGCGAUGUCUUUCCAAAGAGCGUCCAUUACAAGCCCCCUAUUCCCACAGAUCGAGCCAAAGACCUGGCCUACAAACUCUCUGUACAGAUGCGUAAAGAGCUCAUAACCGACGCGCAUCAUCGUUUAGAAAAAUACGCUUUUGAAAUUAACAAAUGGAGAACAAUUUGCGAAGGGCAAAUGGAACCUACUUGGGUAGAGCGCGUCAAAAGUGCCAUACAAUAUACGGCAGAUGCGAAACGACAGAUGAAGAAGGAAUACCUCAAUCAGAAACUGCAGAGACUUCGAAGUCCACGGAAGGAGAAUCAAGAGAAUUUGAUUGAUAGACUUUCUCAAAUGGCAAUUAGCAGAAACAGACGCGUUCUGGGUGAUGCAGGCCAGUUACGGGAGGACCCUAGAGCCGCAUUUAAUGAACAUUUCGACGAAAAACGUGAUUUUCCCAGUUUCAACGCUGCCUUUGGUUUUGAGUUUCAUGAUUCUGGGCUCUUUGAUGACUACUUAUAG